GCUUGCGCCGCGGCCGCGAGAUCCGCGCUUUUCCCAAGAUGGUGGCUCCGGCCUCGGGGAGGCUGUAGAAGACGGCAGCGCUUGAAUCCCCUUCGCCAGAACCUUGACACGCCGCCCCCUUACCCCCCGCUCGCCCGCCCGUCCGCUCGCGCAUCCUCCCGCGGCGUAGCCAUCCGCCGACCGCGGGUGCCCGCCCUCUCCGCCACCGCCGCCUCAUCUCUGAGACCCGGCGCUCUCGGCCCCGGGCGGCGGCGCCUCCUCCCCGCGCCUCAGCCGGGCCGGGUCGGGCGGACCCCGCACACCUCCCGGCUGCGGACAGGCGGCGGCGACCAGCGUGGGCUUUCCUGCGGCCCCGUCGCCCCCUCUCCCGGCCUCGGUCUCCGGAGAAGGAAGCGCGGGUCCCGCAUGAGCCCCGGCGGUGGCGGCAGCGCCAGGGGACGAGGCGGGGGCGGGCGGAGACGGCGGGCGCGGGCGACGACGACCAGUGCGAGGGCCGCGGCCCAGGUGCGGGGGCGACCGCAGAUCUUGAUUGACCACGCGUAACUGAAAUCAUGGAAAGCGAAACUGCAGAUAAGGGGGACUACUGUAUGCAUUUCUUGUUUGACACGUACUUAGAAGUGGAAAAUUUAAUUCCUAGGGUUAAAAAUCUGUAAGAUCCUGAAUUUAGAAUUAACCAGCUCCUCAGAAGUUUGGUGAAACAUGAGUUAUUAAACCUACGCUCAGAUCAAGUUAGCAGCUAGACUGGUGUGACAACCUGUUUUUAAUCAGUGACUCAAAGCUGUGAUCACCCUGAUGUCACCGAAUGGCCACAGCUUGUAAAAGAUCACCAGGAGAACCUCAACCUGACGACAUCGAAGCUAGCCGAAUGAAGCGAGCAGCUGCAAAGCAUCUAAUAGAACGCUACUACCAUCAGUUAACCGAGGGCUGUGGAAAUGAGGCCUGCACGAAUGAGUUUUGUGCUUCCUGUCCAAGUUUCCGUCGUAUGGAUAACAAUGCAGCAGCUAUUAAAGCCCUCGAGCUUUAUAAGAUUAAUGCAAAACUCUGUGAUCCUCAUCCCUCCAAGAAAGGAGCAAGCUCAGCUUACCUUGAAAACUCAAAAGGUGCCUCUAACAACUGCUCUGAGAUAAAAAUGAAGAAGGAAGGUGCUCGAGAUGAUUUUAAAGAUGUCACUUACCUAACGGAAGAAAAAGUAUAUGAAAUUCUUGAAUUAUGUAGAGAGAGAGAGGAUUUUUCCCCCUUAAUUCGUGUUAUUGGAAGAAUUUUUUCCAGUGCUGAAGCAUUAGUACAGAGUUUUCGGAAGGUCAAACAACACACCAAGGAAGAACUGAAAUCUCUUCAAGGAAAGGAUGAAGACAAAGAUGAAGAUGAAAAAGAAAACGCUGCAUGUUCCGCUGCUGCUGCUGCUGCCGCCGCUGUUGCUACCACCGCUACCGCCGCUGCCGCCGCCGCCGCUAUGGAGGAGGAUUCCGAAGCCUCUUCCUCCAGGAUAAAUGAUAGUCCACAGGGAGAUAACAACAUACAAAAGCUAGGCCCUGAUGAUGUUUCUGUGGAUAUUGAUGCCAUCAGGAGGGUGUACACCAGAUUGCUUUCUAAUGAAAAAAUAGAAACUGCCUUUCUCAAUGCACUCGUGUAUUUGUCACCUAACGUAGAAUGUGACUUGACAUACCACAACGUAUACUCCCGAGACCCUAAUUAUCUGAAUUUAUUCAUUAUUGUAAUGGAGAAUAGAAAUCUCCAUAGUCCUGAAUAUCUGGAAAUGGCUUUGCCAUUAUUUUGCAAAGCAAUGAGUAAGCUACCCCUUGCAGCCCAAGGGAAACUGGUUAGACUGUGGUCUAAAUACAGUGCAGACCAGAUUCGGAGAAUGAUGGAAACUUUUCAGCAACUUAUCACUUACAAAGUCAUAAGCAAUGAAUUUAACAGUCGAAAUCUAGUGAAUGAUGAUGAUGCAAUUGUUGCUGCUUCAAAGUGCUUGAAAAUGGUUUACUAUGCAAAUGUAGUGGGAGGAGAAGUGGACACAAAUCACAACGAAGAAGAUGAUGAAGAGCCAAUUCCCGAAUCCAGUGAACUAACACUUCAGGAGCUAUUGGGAGAAGAAAGAAGAAACAAGAAAGGUCCUCGAGUAGACCCAUUGGAAACUGAACUUGGUGUUAAGACUCUGGAUUGUCGAAAGCCACUUAUCCCUUUUGAAGAGUUUAUCAACGAACCACUGAAUGAUGUUCUAGAGAUGGAUAAAGAUUAUACAUUUUUCAAAGUAGAAACAGAGAACAAAUUCUCUUUUAUGACAUGUCCCUUCAUAUUGAAUGCUGUCACAAAGAAUUUGGGAUUAUACUAUGACAAUAGAAUUCGAAUGUACAGUGAACGAAGAAUCACCGUUCUCUACAGCUUGGUUCAAGGACAGCAGUUGAAUCCAUACUUGAGACUCAAAGUCAGACGUGACCAUAUCAUAGAUGAUGCACUUGUUCGGCUAGAGAUGAUCGCUAUGGAAAACCCUGCAGACUUAAAGAAACAGUUGUAUGUGGAAUUUGAAGGAGAACAAGGAGUUGAUGAGGGAGGUGUAUCCAAAGAAUUUUUCCAGCUGGUUGUGGAAGAAAUCUUCAACCCAGAUAUUGGUAUGUUCACAUAUGAUGAAACUACAAAACUGUUUUGGUUUAAUCCAUCUUCUUUUGAAACUGAGGGUCAGUUUACUCUGAUUGGCAUAGUACUGGGUCUGGCUAUUUACAAUAACUGUAUACUGGAUGUACAUUUCCCCAUGGUUGUCUACAGGAAGCUAAUGGGGAAGAAAGGAACCUUUCGUGACUUGGGAGACUCUCAUCCUGUUCUCUUUCAGAGUUUAAAAGAUUUAUUGGAAUAUGAAGGGAGUGUGGAAGAUGAUAUGAUGAUAACUUUCCAGAUAUCACAAACUGAUCUUUUUGGUAAUCCAAUGAUGUACGAUCUAAAGGAAAAUGGUGAUAAAAUUCCAAUUACAAAUGAAAAUAGGAAGGAGUUUGUCAAUCUCUAUUCUGACUACAUUCUUAAUAAAUCAGUGGAAAAACAGUUCAAGGCAUUUCGGAGAGGUUUUCAUAUGGUGACCAAUGAAUCUCCCUUAAAAUAUUUAUUCAGACCAGAGGAAAUUGAAUUACUGAUAUGUGGAAGCCGGAAUUUGGAUUUCCAAGCACUUGAAGAAACCACAGAAUAUGAUGGUGGCUAUACCAGGGACACUGUCGUGAUCAGGGAGUUCUGGGAAAUUGUUCAUUCAUUUACAGAUGAGCAAAAAAGACUCUUCUUGCAGUUUACAACGGGUACAGACAGAGCACCUGUGGGUGGACUAGGAAAAUUAAAGAUGAUUAUAGCCAAAAAUGGCCCAGAUACAGAAAGGUUGCCUACAUCUCAUACUUGCUUUAAUGUCCUUUUACUUCCGGAAUAUUCGAGCAAAGAAAAACUUAAGGAGAGAUUGUUGAAGGCCAUCACUUAUGCCAAAGGGUUUGGCAUGCUAUAAAAAAGCAAAGAAGAAAGAAAAAGGAAACACACACACACACACACACACACACACACACGCACGCACGCACGCACGCACGCAUGCACACAAAACACACAAAAAAAAUUUAAUAUAAGGAGGGAUAAAAAUUGGUGGUGAUAAUGUCCCAUUACACAAAGGCUGUAAGAUAAGGAACCAUAAUUGUCACCUGUGUCUGUAGCGCCCUUCUUUACUGGGGAUAUGUGGGCUGGAACAGCAGAUUUCAGCUGCUUAUAUGAACAAAUUCUUUAUUUUAAGUUUUUUUUUUAAUUUUUUUUAUUUUGUUUUCCUUUUUUUUUUUUUGCGUGAAAGUGUUACUUAUUCUUUCACUUGUAUGUACAGAGAGGUUUUUUCUGAAUAUUUAUUUUAAGGGUUAAAUCACUUUGGCUUGUGUUUAUUACUGCUUGAGGUUGAGCCUUUUGAUUAUUUAAAAAAAAAAAUUAUACCAACAAAACUACUCUCCCAAGGAAAAUAUUGCCACCAUUUGUAGACCAUGUAACCUUCAGGUAUGUGUUAGGUUUUGUCCCUGUAUCUUAACUCAAAUCAGGAACUGUACUUCUUUUUCUUCUUUUUUUUUUUUAAUAAUUUGCUUUUGAAACUUGAAGUCUUGAAAACAGUGUGAUGCAAUUGCUGCUGUUCUAGUCCCCAAAGAGUUUUCUGUGCAAAAUCUUGAGAAUCAAUAAAGAUGGAAGGGAGAAUUUGGAAUGUUCAAGUGCAGCCCUCAGAACUUUACUUUAGUAACAAACAGCACAACAAAUGAAAAUAACUCAUGCCACAGUUGUUGUCUUCAUGUGUCUUGCAAAGAACUGUUUUAGUAGCCAAUCCUCUUUCUUAGUCUAUGAAAAGACAGGGAUUUGUUUGUUUAUUGUUGAUGUUGUUGUUGUUGUUGUUUUCAGUUCACUGGGGAAAAGUGCAUUUGGCCAAAUGAAAUGGUAGUGAAGCCUGUUGCAAGAAAGCUAGGAAGGUUGUUGUUUUCUUACAAAAACACAGAGCAAGUGAAAGUGCACUUAAAAUAAACUUUUAAUUGCUUAUUACCUGCAUUUUUAAAUAGACAAUCCAAAGUUUCCCUUCAUGUUGCCAUCAUCUUGUGGAAUCAGCCAUUUUUAUCAAGGCACAUGAUCAGUGUUGUGACAUACUGGAAGGAAUGGCUACUGUGCCUUGUUUACGUGUACACAGUAGUGAGCAGACCCAAAAAUGAAUGGAACUAUUACUCUUAAGACCUAUUUACAUUGUAUAGUCCCAAAGAUUACAUUUUACUUCAAAAAAAAAAAAGUGUUAAAUAUUUCUUUCGUGUACUAUGGAAAAGUUCAAAUAGGCUUAAAUUAAUGCACAGUCAGAAGUAGCUUCCCCCUUUGUAGUCUUCUGUGUCAGUGAUGUUAGUUUCUUUUAUGGAAAUAUGAAAUAAAAGGAUUAUGUAUUUUUAACCAAGGAGAGACAUGUUGAUAUAUCCUUUUGCUACAAGCUACAGUUGAUAGGCUGAGCUUGUGCCUUGAUGAUUGUUUGAACUGACUCCAACAAAUCAGCCUGAUGAUUUGUUUGAAAUUGGCAGACAAAUUACAGCUUUCAAAUCAUUGGAAAGGAAAAAGGAUGUCUUUCAGGAUUCUUUUAACUCUUUUAGUAAUUGAGAUAGAAUUGUUAUGUACCAUAAUGCUUAAAUAAAACAGUGACGUUUUUCACCAUAAUUCAGUGGGAAAAGAAGACAGUGCUUUCCAUUUCUCGUUGUGUUAAAGGUGACAUGUGUUUUCUGGGCCAGCCUUUAGAACACUGUUAAGGUAUGUAUACUACCUUGAUUCAAGGGAACCUCAUGCUACUAUAGUCAUCUUACAGGACCUCUCAUUUGUGUGCUUCUUGUGUAUAAUGAAAAUGAGAAGAGAAAUCAAAUAUUCUGGGGGCAUUUUAUAUAAUAAAUUCAUGAAGAAAUUUGUUCUCUUUA